UUAGAGUGUCUAUUUAAGACUGGUCCCUAACUGAGGGGUGGGGUGGAGGAAGCCUGCUGCUAGACCUGGCCAGCCAGAUAGGGUUGGAUUGUCCAAGCCUCACUCUCCUCCUCCGACUCGUCACCUCCCUCGCUCGGGUUCCCCUUGGCAGCUAGGCCACUAGGCCGGAGCACGUGAAGAAGCCGAGGAGAGGCGGGCCACCUCUUAGGCUCCAAAGCCCGGGCCUAGUCCCACAUCCUCUCCUACGAGCCCGGUCGGCCAGGCCUGGCCUCCGGCCCUCGAGGCUCUGGAUGGACGAAGACUGCACGCCCGGAGACUGGGGCCCGGGGUCUGCAACGCCCGCCUGGAAGCGGCGUCCUGGGCUCGACUCCCGCCGCCGGGAGCCGGCGAGCCCGCAGGUCAUGAUGAUGGGCAGCACUCGCGUGGCGAAGCUGCUGCUGCUCCACGGCGCGGACCCCAACUGCGCGGACCCCGCCACUCUCGCGACACCGGUGCACGACGCCGCCAGGGAGGGAUUCCUGGACACGCUGGUGGCGCUGCACCGAGCCGGGGCGCGGCUGGACGUGCGCGACGCCUGGGGCCGCCUGCCCGUGGACCUGGCUGAAGAGCGAGGCCACCAGGACGUCGCCCGGUACCUGCGCGCGGCAGCAGCGGGCACGGAAGGCGCUGGCCACAGCGCCACGGAUGCCGCGGAAGGUCCUGCAGAUCCCGACUUCGACAAUCAAUAACAGAAAUAAGAGCACCUUGACCUGCGUGGCUCUGUGGUGUGGACAACACUCCGCAGAGUGAAAGGCAGCCAGAAGUCUCUGGUUCGAUUCGGGUCAGGGU